GGCUCAUUGGACGGUUGACUCUUGGCCACCAGAAGGCGGUCUGCAGGAGUCGGGAGUCAAAUUCCAUCACACGUAGGAAGUCCUCGAUGGUCCAACACCACGAUACAUAACGGAGCGCCGUGCAGCGAGGAUCAGGGCCCUGCUCCCGUGUUACUGCCACUCCCGAGGGGCGAAGGAUCACCCGCACCAUCCACCCCACCGGCGGCUCCUCUCUGCGCGUCUGACCGGUCCGGUGGAGCCCCUGGCCGGCUACUGGCUGCUUUCUGGCUGAAGUGGACCGUGGAAGUUUUUCCUGGGAGAGACGUGUCAACGCCGUGGGUCUCCCAUCUGUUUACCCGGGAUCGUUUCUUUCCUUGCUUGCUUCACUAGAGGAAAAGUCACUCCAGGCAUGUGGAUGCCUGGAGUGAGAUCAAGAUCAAGGAGGACUAUAAGGCGACAAGCAGGCUUCAUCUUUUUAACAGUGUGGGAGUUUGAUCACACAGCAGAAUCGUAGAUUGGAGGAAGAGAAAGUCGACUUUCCCACAACGGAAAUGAGAUCAGUGUAGCCCCCCUACUACGGCAUCGCCCGGCACGAUUAUGGAUUAUUUGUUCCAGAAGUGAUCUGUUGCUGAAGGUAGUUCUUUCUGCGCCCGAGUUUUGUCUCUGCAGGCCGCCGGCUGCUGGCUGGACAUCCGUGAACAUCCAACAUGUUUGCAGGACUUCUGGGGCUGCAAUGUAACGGGAAUGGGAGCAUGGACCCCGGUCGCUCGUUGCUUCACCAUUACGAAGCCAUAGAAGGAGGUGGCAAGGCCUCGGAGUCCGCCGGUGAGUCCUGUCGCAAGAGGCCCCAGUGGAGGCCAGGGUACAUGCGAAUCGACCCACCCAGACCACAGAGCACCACGAGCGGGGACGAGGAUGAAGAGGAGGAGGAGGAGGCGGAGGGCCGGAGCGCUCAGACUCUUAACGGAGGUCCGGGCGGUCCUGCGAGGAAGGAUCGGAGCAGCAUCAUCGACACGCCCAACACACCUUGUAAGAGUCCGGUACUCACCCCUCAAGAGCCCCUCCUCAACCCGGGACGCCAGCCUCAUGUAGACAGCCAGAUGUCGUGGCUGGUUCCCAGGUCCACCCCAUCCCCCCCGCACACGCCAGAACCCGUUGGGCGGGGCUCCGGUGAAGGGGCCGUCUACCAUCAGGGUGGGAGCGGCCAAUCAGGGACGCCGGGCAGGUACGGUACUGCCGAGACCAGACAGACUCCGGGGGGAGGCUCGUUCAACUCCAGCUUUAGUUUCAUACAGCAGUCGCUCAGCGCCAGCCAAGAGAACGACAUCACCGGCGUGACAUCACUUCCUGUCCCCCGACCGGCCCGGAACCCAUCAGUGCCUCUGCAACAGUCGACCUCUAGUCCAGUUUUCGCCGCGCUGACAACCGCUCCAACCAAGACCCCGAUGCUGACCGCCAGCGGACGACCCCUGCCGAAGCUGUGCAUCCCGCUACCAGCGCCAGGGGUCCAUUCUCAGAGAGGGGAGGGGCUCUGGCAGGGAGGUCAGUGGGGGGUCAGCAGGGGGUCCGAGCUGCCCGACGGUGAGUCCUUCUCCCUGGGUACGGAGGAGUUCCCCUCCUCCCUGUCUGUGGACUCGGACACUGCCUCCUCCGUCACCUCCGGCUACGAGUCGGCCACGCCCGCCUCCUCCUCCUUCUCCGACCAGGGCUGGGACCCCCUGGUGAGGAAGUACGAGGGCGUCCUGCGAGAAUGCCUGCAGAACAACCGCGCCAACAGCAAGAUUGAGUCCAUGAUGUUGAAGCUACAGCGACUGCAGCAGAAGGCCAUCUUGGAUGAUGACUAUGACACAGCCGAGCGAUUUGGCAAGAAGCUGGGAGAGUUGUGUCUGGAGCGCAGUGCCCUGAAGCUGGGUCUGCCGUCCAGACAGCCCGGCAUCGCGUCUUUCCUCCAGCGGCUCACACAGGCGGUCAACAGCGCCCUCCAGAGGACGCUGGAGUGCCAACGCAGGGAGUCCCCUGAGCCUGAUGCAGUUGAAAGGUCAUCCCCUCAGCUGCUGAACCCAAGAGACCUUCUGGUGCAGGAGAAGCACCAGGUGGAGGAGGAGAUGGAGGAGCUUCGGCGGAGGCUGGCGGUGCUGGAGGAGCGGCGUGGCCGUCUGGAGGAGCGGCUGCAGCGGCGGGAGGAAGAGGAAGAGGAGGAGGGCGGGGGGGACGGCGAGGAGCUGGGGGGCUCCGUGCUGAGGGGCCUCAGCGCCGCCCAGCUGGGGGAGAUGAGCCGCGCCCUGAACGACCUGGUGACCUCCGAGUGCCGGGCGCACAUCGCCCUCACGCCGUCGCCCCCCGUCCUCAGACUCCAAGAACAGGAGAAGGCUCUGAAUCUGUCAAUCAAAGAGGCUACCGCUAAAGUGGUCACCAGUCAGCGUCUGGGCGGGAGCCUGCGGAGGAAGGUCAGCGAGACGGAAACACAGCUCCUGGCGCUCCACGAAGCCAAGAUGGCGGCCAUCUCAGGUAGCGACUUCGGCAGCGCCAAGGAGCUGAAGGCGGAGAUGAAGGCGGCGUACCUGGAGAGGGACCGCCUGGAGCGGCUGGCCCGGAGGCUGCAGCGCCUCAGCUGGGGGAACGGCCAGGAGCUGGCCCGCAUGAAGGAGCAGCAGCAGCAGCUCAGGGAAGAGCUGGAGCAGAGGGAGGCGCAGCACGUCACAACCCGUGGCUCGGCGGCCUCUGAUUGGUCCGUGUGUCUGUCUGUCCUUCUCCGCAGCUGCGGCUGUCCACCCCUGGAGAAGGUGUGGGAGGCGGACCUUGAGGCCUGUCACCUCUUCCUGCGGGGGCCCCAGCUCCGGACCCCCAGCUACAACGGGCCCGUCUCGGGGGAGCCCCCCGGGGUGGGGGUGGCGGCGGCGGCGGCGGCGACGGCGGGGUCGUUGUUUGCGCUGAUGCCGACGUCCACCAAAGAAGAAGAGGAGGAGGACUGUGCCAUGCUCACGGCCCUGGGGGGGAGGUGGUGUCCCGAAGCCAACCUGCAGCACUCAGAGUUCACUAAGAAACUGGAGGAGUUUUUGUUCUGCAUGGAGGACUGCCACACAGAGGUGGAGUGUGGGGGGUCCGAGGGGGCCGGGGAGCUCACGGAGCAGUGUGACAUGAUCAGCGACAGACUGGUGACCUUGGAGGAUGACAUGCAGAUGGCCAUCCUCAGCCGAGACCACGCCCUCACCCAGUCCCUCGCCAAGGAGGUGCAGGAGGUCAAAGCCACCCUUCAAGCCAUGCUGGCACAGCUCAAAGAGGAGGAGGAGGAGGAGGUGAAGGAGGAGAGGCAUAGGACUGCAAUGCAUGAUUGCGAUCUCAUGGAAAAUGGAAUUGAGGACGGGGAGGAGGAGGACGAGGACGAGGAGGGAGAGAAGGAGGACGAAGAAGAGGAGGACCAAUAUUUCAGUGACAGCUGGGACAUCUGAAAUGGAAAGUAGUCCGACCAACCGCUCACCCAGAGACAGCUUUUAUCCGCAGCCUGACCUCAUCUUAGUGGUGGGUGGCGGCUUCACAUCUGUUUAGUGGCACCCACACCCGUCCACUGUUAUAUAGGACCGAGGACAUUCCAGUGACAACCCCUCGGAAAAUAAACUUUAUGGCAUUUAGAUGGAAGUGGCCUUUUUUCUGUAGAAAAAACCCUGUAAGUGCAUUAAACUUGAAGACCAUUUUAAAGAUACAUUUUGCCUAGAUAAUCUUGCAAGAAAGCCUAACCAGCAAUUGCUAAAUUGUGCCUUUGGUGUCAGCGCCUCUGAAAAGUGCCACCCAACAGUGUGUAUUUAUCCAGCUGUGUAGGACAAGAUCUCUUUUGGUCGCAUCAAGGCUUCCUGUGUGUAGGCUCAUUUGAAUACAGGACCAAGUGGACAAUCACUCACUGUUACGACCACUGAACUGGAACAUGACUUCCACAUGGUUUUAAAACUAACAAUGCGUCACUUUUUCUGUUAUGAUGCAAUCUGAUUGGACUUGAUGGGAUAUUGAAGUUUUUGAUAGCUUUGUCCAGGAGAUAACUUAAAAUCGUGUGGUGCUAAAGAAGUUACUGUAACUUGAGCGCUUUUUUUUUUUUGCAUUUGAAGAAAACUUUAUUAGGAUGUGAUCAUUGUACAUUCCUUAAUGCAGGCUCCCAUGCAUGAGGGAUACAUGUAGUGGGAUUAUGGUUUAUCAUAUGCAUGUAAUCAAUAUUAAGGGUUCCAAUAUGUGUGUAUGCACACAGGGAGGUUAUUUUUUCAACUGCUGUUUUUGUUUAUCCCAAAUAAGGCACUUUCUUUUUAUUUUGUGUGUGUUUCUAAGUAACGUUUUCAUUGUGUGAGAUUUUUAUAAAAAUAUAUAUCCAAGAUCCUUCAAAGGAAAGUAUCAUAGGUCAAGUAUAACAUCAUUCCGCAAAGGUAUAACCACAACCUCUUUUGAGAGUCAUCCAAUUUUGUAUUUUUACAACUGCCUAUCGUACUGCCAAAAAACCACUGUGUACCGCCUUUGUAUUAUUUAUUCAUUUCCUCACUAAUUACAGCAUGCUCCAGCCCACCCCUACCAAACACAUUGUCGUGGUCGUUCUUUUCUGACCGCUCGCUUGAUGGAUGCCUCUCUUGCCUUUUCAUUGAGAGCUGAACACAGUGCUAACCCAAUAAAACCAACCGAUCAGGGGACGAGCAGGCAAGACGGACGACCAGGAGUCAACGGUGAAGUCAUAAACGUCAUGGCCUAAUCUCCUAGGGAACUGCAGGCGUGUGUUUGUGUGUGUGUGUGUGUGCGUGCAUGGAGUUAAUCUCGCCCCAACACUGCCGGUCUUGUGUGGAUAGACCCCCCCCCCCCCACAACCACUAUCUUUCCAGAAGGCCCCGAGGAAAUGGCAGGGCUUGUUUUCUCGAUCCUCUCCUCUUUCUUGCAGUGCCAGUCU